AUGUCAUUUGAUGAAGAAGAUGGAUUUGGGGAUUUUGAAGAAGCAAAAGAAGAGGUUAUACAAGUUCCGAAAAUCGUUGAAUGUGACUCACAAGGACGUCCGAUAGUCCAUUUAAGUAUUGUAAUUAUUAUUUAGUGCGAUUCUUUAUUCAGUCAAUCAUCUUUUAUUUCUCUAUGCGAAGCGCUCUGUCCUAUGUGCCCUCUAGAAGAGGUUAGUGACCAAAGUAUUGACAUUGAUUGUAUAUACGUCCCUCCCGAAAUAUCUGAAGAAGAAAAAACCUUAUUAGUGAAAUAUCAAAAACACUUACUUUGUACUCUGAAAGAAAGAGUUUUUUGAUUUCAUAAUAAUGCUUAUUUUAUAUAAAAGAACUAUUUAUUUUAUGCUUUAAACUAAAUUCUCUAGUUACACAGCUUUAAAAAAAAUUAAAAAAACUGCUGCUUCUUGCUAUUUUUUUUUAUGUGAGAGUUAGAAAAGAUGCAAGAGAAGCAAGAAAUAUGUGAAUUCUUUAAACCUUUAGACAAUACAUAUGCAGUUAAAGAAAUGGCAUUUAUCAACAAACCAAAGAUUCAGACAAUUAUUCACACUCCACAACUAUCAAAUUUGCUUACUCCCUGCUAUUGAAGAGCUAAAAUAUUUUUAUUAAUUUUUUUCAAAACAUAAAUAAUAAUCUAAAGCCAAUUUUUAUUGCAUUUUGCACAAUUUUUUUCAUAAGUAUUAAAUUUUAUAAUUCAAUUCAUUUUUAUUUUUAAUUUUUGAAAACGAGAAAAAAAAUUUUUAAUGAAAAAAAUUAACAAUUAAAUUUUGCAAGCAUUUAAAGGUUGGAAUUAGUAGCCAAGGACAAAAUUUUUGCCAAGAAAUAUGGCCCGAUUUGAGCAUUCGGUCGACAUUUUUAAAAAAUACCAGAAUAAAUGAGUGUCAUACUCCUGAGUCUCCGAACGUUCAUGAAGACAUUACAAUGAUGACAGAGCCACAAGAGGUGGAUGGUUCAAUGGCAUUUUUAAGAAGUAGUGUUGGCGGCUCUUUUUCUGAAUACAUCUCCACUCCACUUACAGCCAAAGAUAUUUUAGGCGAGCCUCUGCCUGAUUUGACUUUUAUGUUAAGUUCAACCAUUAAAUGGCCAGAUGAAUUUGUAAAGUUAAAUGCACUCAGCAGGACUUAA